CUCUGAAACGCGUUCAUCAUUGUAGAAAGUUUCUUGGUUGUGGUGGUUUACCAAUUGUUUGUUUUGGAAUAUUAUACAUUAAUGCUGAAAGAGAAACUAUUACCGUACGUUUGGGACAAAUGGUUUUGUGUCCGGUAUAUUUCUGAGGACCGGGCUACAUAGUCCACGUUAAUUAAGCUGGAACAGCCGGACAAUCUUAUACGAUGUCUUCAGAAACAUUAUCUCAAGUCAACGGGACUUUUUUGUCUGGAUCAUUCAACUCGACAGAGGACGUUGUGAAUAAUACGAUUACUGUUGAUGUUUACGAGGAGCCACACCAGAACUUGGAAGUUUUCCUGGUGCCUAUUCUCUUCGCUAUAAUAUUCCUUUUUGGCGUCGUGGGAAACAUCACUUUGAUCUUUACGGUGUUGAAAACCAAAUCUUUGCGGAAUACUCCAAACAUUUUUGUCGUCAGUUUAUCAGUUGGUGAUUUAUUGUUGUUAUUGUGUUCAGUGCCGUUUUCCGCAACGCUUUUCACGUGUUUUUCGUGGCCUUUUGGGAUAUUUCUAUGUAAAUUAAACGAAUACAUGCAAACAUUUUCUCUUGGUGUCUCGGUAUUUACAUUAACCGCACUUAGUGGCGACCGGUAUAUUGCCAUUGCUCACCCCAUGAGCAAACACACGGGAAAACCUACGCUUAUAACAGUGGUAACUGUGAUUGGAAUUUGGAUUCUUGCCGCCGCUCUCGCAAUACCGGAGGCAGUAACAUCAAACGUUCUAUAUUUUGAAGGAGGAGCCCCCAUGGACAGUGGCAACACCACAAUUGUACCAGUUACUAUUGCGAUUUGUGAAAUAUAUCCGGAGAAUAGCUUGCCAGUGUGGUAUAAUAAGGCACACUCUAUGUUUAGAUUCAUGGUGUUCUUUGGAAUACCUCUCUUCGUCAUCGCAAUAUUCUACGCCAUGAUGUCAAGAAUCCUAAUAAUCAGCAGUAAGGCAUUGCCCUGUGAAUCCGUGAAAGGGUCAGCGAUGAAUCAACAACAGAAAAGACAGAUUCAAGCGCGUUUGAAGGUGGCCAAAGUAGUUCUUUCAUUCGUUGUUAUCUUUGUUGUUUGCUGGCUACCACGGCACAUCUCUAUCUUAGCUGGCCACUUCGCCAACCCGGAGUACAACAUGUUUUGGCAUGUUCUUAAAAUAACAUCAUUUUGCCUAACUUAUAUAUACUCAUGCGUGAAUCCAUACGCACUCUACGUUCUUAGCAGCAAGUUUAGGAAGUAUUACAACCGCUAUUUGUUCUUUUGCUGUCGUAAGAGCUCUUAUCCAGGUUUAGCGGUAGAGGAAUAUUCGACCUCGUGCACUUGUAACAGCACUAUGCGCCGGGGAAGCACGACUUAUACGGGCGUGGUGCAUUAACAGGCCCUGUGUUAAGGCUGAAUUGUUUGUUUAGUGUGUAAAACUAUAUCAACAGCACACUGCACUACGUUAAUACAUUGAUACAAAAACUUACAACAAAAGGCACAAGUCUUUGUCAAAAUAAUAAAACAGCCCGCUUGUAUGUGUUAAUGUACAUUCGUUAUCUAGUUAUGUUGCUUGGAAAACUGAAGGAAUGUACUUGCCUGGCAAAAAAACAAUAGCGGAAUGAGGGCACUGGUACGCAGUUAUUUGUCUUGUGUAAUUGUUACAUCAAGCAAAAUGAAACUCAAGUAGUGCUAAUCAACAUCGUAUCAUAACGUUCAUGUUCCAGAACAACUUGUUAAUAAGAGUCGUUUAAUCUCAAAUCUUCUCCAGAAUGCACCAUGCUCGUACAAGUCGCCACAUAGUUUAUUUAUUAUAGGUACGUAAAUGUCGAAACAUAAAGACAAUGAUCAUACUCGAGAUGAAAUAUAUCAGUGUUUUGAAAGUCGACUAUGUGUAUAUAUAGAUAAUUAAAAAAAUACAAUGAAAGUAUUGAAAGGACGCGAUUCAAUAAGCGGAUCUUCCUAGUAAUGCAAGUUAUUCAAAGCCAUUGAAACCGCGAAAAAAGUAUGCUGAAGGAAGUGAUGCUUAAUUUAUUUUGAUCUUAAUUGUUACAAAAGAAAACCUAUGUUAUUGUAACUUAUUGUGUUAAUGUGGUAUGCUAUUGUAACUUAUUGUGUUAAUGUGGUAUGCUAUUGUAACUUAUUGUGUUAAUGUGGUCAAUUUGGUAGAUAUUGUAUGGACUGUAGAAAUAUAUAAAAACAUAUAAUUAUUAUAUCCCUUUUCUUGGACACCGUUUUUAGCAUGUGGUGUCUAUUAUGAGUGUGGAGAUGUGUUGUUAUCAAUCAGUUAUAUAAUUAUGGUAUAUACCUUUUCUCUCAUUCUGUGUUUAGCCGGAAUUUUCACCACGUCGUUUUAUAUUUCAUUCGUGCAUACUUGUUUGGUUUGCGGUCAUUAUGCCAAACAAGUGGGUUUUCUCCGGGUUCUCUUGUUUUACCCACAGGACAAGACAAUAUAUUUGCGUAACAUCGUGUCAACGAGAGUGAUUAAUAUUGUGUUGUCAUAAGUUGUUUCACAUCGUUUAAAAAUAAACUAGUUAAAACUAAAUUUCCUCAUAGUUUGAAUCCCUUACGCGUUUUUUUUUUAAUCGGAGGCAAAACUUAAUGGUGUAUUAUUUGGCAACAGACUGUACUGUCAUGAAGGACUGUUAUGUACAAGAGUGUCUGUUCCGUGCUUGUUAAUGCGUUGUCUUUCACUUUCAAUUUAAUGCUGUUAUCUUGUAGCUUACUUGCUAAAGUUGAUUACAUUUAGGAACAAAUAUGUGUGUCUAACUACAUUAUUCGUUCGAACUGACACGUAUCUUGUUUCGUAUUGUAUAUACUGAUCUACUAUAUUGAAUAUUUUAUUUCUUAUAGCCAUAACAUGUCAUGCAGAAGCAUUAUAUGUAUCCAUUUUUAAAUUAAUAAAA